AACCAAAAAAAAAACAAAAAUCCAUCAAGAUGAGUGAUGACCAAACAACGCCCAAUGAUGAUAAAGUUGCCAAACAGCAAGUCGUUGCCUACACACAAAAAUCGCAAAUCAAACACGAGAAUCGUCACAUUCAAUUGGUGCGUGAAUAUGGCUUCCAUCCGAGGACGAAGGCGACGGUUGAGGAUGGCGACGUGUUGCCAAAAAAAUUCGAACCGUUUCCGGAGAAUAUGUACGGCAAACCCUUGGAGGAAAUUGAUAAUUUCAUCUAUGAAGAGCGCACUGAUUUGCGCUCAUGUCAGCUAUCAACUUAA